AUGGUUGACAUCAUGAACCCAUCUGCGGAGGAGGAAUGGCCUGAAUUGGGUAAGGUUAGUGCAAAGAAUGUGCAAGAAUCAGCUCCGGUCAAACGUCGACAAAAGAGAAAUUGGAAAAAGUUUGAAACUGAUGCCGAACCAACUAAAUUGGAUAACAAGGAAGGCAGUCAGUCAACUGGUAUCAAUGAUCGCACUCAAGUUGGAUCUUGUGCGCCUUGUGACAUUAGCAAUGAUAACAAAUCACCCUUACAUUCGAAUCCACCAGUGUGUGAUCGGAAUCGUUCCUGCCUUUUCAUCGGGCCAAAUUUUGUGGGGUACGAGGUUAGACUUCAUCCGACCUUACCUGGGUUCGAUCCUAAUAUUGUUAAUUAUUACAGAGGUCUCAAUCGUACACGCACUGGUUGUUGCUGUUAUCACUCAAAGUGUAUGUUUUGCUCAUCAGAACGUUUAAAGAGAAUCAAAAUGCAAGUAGAGUAUUAUUUUGGCGACCCGAACUAUGGCAGAGACGCCUACUUGCAGGGUCUCAUAGAGGAAGAUCGCUUCAUCCCGCUUAGUGUAAUAUUGGGCUUUCCUCGAAUGGCUUCACAAGGAGCAACACUUGAUGAUGUUCUUAAAGCUUGUGAUGGGAGUACAAUUGUCGAAUUUGAUAAAACAAAGAAAAGAAUACGCCGAAUCAACCCCAAUUCAUUUCCAUCGCCUCCGCCAGCUCCAACGACUUACUUUCUAGAACUGCCUGAGCCCAUCCCCCCGCAUCCACUGCUACAAUUUCCUGAUCAAUCUAGCCCUGUUUCGACAUUUGAACCGCAACCGUCUCCCUCAAUGCCGACUCAAGAGGUAGAUUUAGCACAACCUCUUGAGGAAUCUUGCUCGCUUAAACAAAAGAAAAAGCAGCAUCAACAACAACAGUCACAAGAAGAACUCUGGCAAACAGUUGACCGCCGUCCGAAGCGAACUACAAAUCGUUCUCUUUGUGAUGGCGAUGCAGAAACUGUAAAGAUUUCACGAUCAGCCCACUCUCGAUCACGCGCAGUUUCAUCCUCCUCUGAUUCUGUGGACAUAGACGAAGAAGAUCUUUUGAAGUAUCUUGUUGUCAUUUUGCCAGAGCGGGCGAUCGAGAGGGAAGAUCCUUCAACCACUGUCCUUACUGCUAAGGUGUCGGAAGAGAAUAUACAGCAAUCAAACACUUCUGCUGUCGUUUUAUCUACCAGUACUUCUGUCUCUGAACCUCGUUCCAAAGUAUUUACUCACAGUCACCACAGCAUUCCUCAGAAAUCACAGAAAUCUGAAAGUGGUGGUGUGUCGCAGCGAAUUUACAGCAAGCACCCUAGUGGGGAUCGACACCCUAAUCCCGAUUAUCAGUCAAGGGCUAAAACUCACGCUGAGCAUUUGCAGGAGAUUAAGCACGGUUUGGAGGUUUAUCAGAGCAGCGUACGACGUCAGCGUCGCUCAUCAUACACUCGUCUGGGAUUUGACUUCGACUACGACUUUGAUGACUAUCCUAGUUCCAGAACCAGCUCAUUCUCCGACCUAGGUAAUUUGGACGAUCAUCAUAUUCUCAACCAGCCCAGCAAGGUUCAACUUUUGUCGGACGAGGAUUUCGCAACUUUAAAAUUUGCUGCUGAAGAUAAGGUACCGCCUUCCGCUGAGACCCACGCUUCACAGAGCGAACAACCGUCAGCUGAGAAGCUCGAAGAAAGUGGAAAGAAGAAUGAGCCUGCGGAAAUGGAGGAAUAUCCCUUCUUUUAUCCUUCAACUAUCAUUGAACCUCCACCAUUUUUCACUCCGCCAAUUAUCUAUUAUCCUGCCAACUUCCAAAUGGCUCAAUGGAAUCCUGCUUUUCAAGUGGGCAACAAGGAUGGUUCUGAUGCUGCCACUACUGAAGAUCAGCAGUCCGAAUCUUUUCACCUCGCAAAAGCUGCCGUCGAUGCUCUUAUCAACGAAGUUUCAAUGGCUGCCUCGAAGGUGGACGAACAAGUGGGACAGACACCAAGGAAGGCAUCGCAUUUAUCAGCUGCUAGGACUCCGCGUCGUGUGGUCGGUUUCUACCCUGUCAAAAUUGGUGCAGGGGGUAGGCGUCGGCGUGAUGAAUUGGAUGUCGGUUUUGCCUUCGACAUUGACAAAUCUAGCGGACGAGGUGGAAAGGGGGUCUGUCGUUCCUCUAGUAGAGGUCAACGCGUGUCUAGCGUCUCCUUCUGUGAGGGUGAUAAAAGUGUCUUAGAUUUUGCAUCCGAUAUAGGCGUUGAGGAGAACAAAGACAAAACUGUUGUGUCUAUGGGCCGUGAUUUUUGCUGCUCUGGGACAACAGUGAUAAUUAGCAGCCAGUCGCGUUAUCUAUCAAGUGGGUCGGAAACGCGCUCGCAUAACACUAGUGGCAAUCAGUCAGAAGAUCAGGAGGCAGCGGUAGAAAGCCCUUUAAAGGUUCGAGGCAGGCGAAGGCAUGCAACCUCAUUCUGUGCCUCUACAUCUCAUUCGGCGAACAAUUUCGCCCCCAAUUUCCGCAACAAUACGGCCGCUCAGUCAGUUUUGAAGGCGGGCGGUUAUACCUCAAAGGAUUACAUGCGCUACCGUGCUGCUUGUUUAGCUGACAGGGAGCGUUGUGGUGCAGGCAAAUCGCAGGAGAUGAACACUCUCUACCGUUUCUGGUCCUUCUUUCUGCGUGACAACUUUUUCAAUAAGAUGUAUCGCGAGUUCAGGCAGCUGGCCAGGGCGGAUGCUGAGGUCGGUUAUCGUUAUGGUAUUGAGUGCCUCUUUCGAUUCUACUCCUACGGUCUGGAACGUCGAUUCCUCCCUGUUCUUUUCAAAGACUUCCAGGAAGAAACACUCAGGGACUACGACGCCGGUCAUUUGUACGGUCUGGAGAAAUUUUGGGCUUUCUUACACUACGGUAAAUAUAAGCCAGAAUUGGAUCCUCGAAUUUCUCAGCUGCUCAACAAGUAUCGACGAAUUGAGGAUUUCCGCAUUAACUUUGAAGCUCCAGACGGUUUCUUCGGAUACCGCAAGCGCCUGCCUUCGACAUCCGCUGAUGUGUCAAUUUCUCAACCCGUGAUUAAGCAUAGUAGAGGUGCCACUGGGUCUGAAUCUGUCAAUCCUGACGACUUCGAGUUUGAAACGGUAGCGAACACUGCGUCAGCGACUCAGCCGGCGAAGUCCCUUGCCUCUAGCUAUUGCCCUACCAAUGUCCAGGAAACUACGAAGGAGGAGGGAACUGAAGAAGUGGAUAAGAAUGAGGCCAAAUCAGUAGACGCAGAGCCAUCGAAUCAAGACGAAGCGGUAAUCAAGGGCGGAGAUAUGGUCCUAGAUAAUAAGGAAUUUCAGAAAAAAGCAUCCUUAAAACAAGUUAAAAAUCCAUCCACGUUUGCAGUGAGUGAAUCUGGUGACACGUUGCAGACAUCAAAGGAGGAAGGAGAUUUGCAAACCGUUUCUUCCAACUCAGCUGCUUCUACCGUCACCGAGUGCUCUGCUGAGCAAGAAAUUCCUAAAAGGGCAACCUCAGCUGAAGGGAAUGUUGAUUUUGAGGGCACUGCAAAAAUCACUGAACUGAUUAGCCACACCACGGGUGUAGCAAACUCGGCAGAGGCGCCAGUUGAACACUCAGCCUCUCACAAGUCAGUCGUGGCAGCAUACAAGAAAGCACGCAAUCGACGCGGCAAACCCAAAUCUGGGUAG